UUUUUAGUUUUUUCAACAUUCUCUGCUUUACAUUUCAUAGUGACCGGAAAGUUCAUAUGGAUGUGUGUAUUUUUCAAAUCGGUCAAUAAUAUUAUUGAAAUCUAAGCCGGAACAAUCACCAGGAUGCCGGAAGAUGUGAUGAUGCCCGCAGGGGACUACAAGCUGGUCAAGCAGUUUCGUAGGGAGAAGGAAACUCUGCGGAAGAGGGACCUUCCUUGGUCGAAGAGGGUAUUCGACAUAGACGAGCACAAGUUGUUUGGACGAACUGCCUGGGGAUGGUUCCGGAUUACGGCCUUCUAUACUACCCUUUAUUCCCUGAUCGUCGUAGUGUGUUCCUUUUGGGUCACACUCUUCAUGCUGGCGAUUAUCGAUCCUGAAACCCCACGUUGGUUGAAGGGUCCGCCGGGGAUAUCGAUGAUGCCGUACAACACUUCCACUAUCUCCUUCCACACGCAAAUUCUAAGCGAGGUUUACCCGAUCGCGGACGCAAUUGACGAUUUCCUAAUCAAACUAAAAGACAACGCCAUUGAAUUUUUUAACGAUGCCAAUCCCGACACGAUGUGGGGCUAUGGUGUGGGGAAGCCGUCCGUAUUUAUUAAGCUGAACAAGGUUAUUGGCUUUCAGCCAGAAACCUACGACACUGCAGACGACCUCCCUAAGGAAGCGCCCUCGAGUCUCGACGAGAUUGUGAACAGGUAUGGCGGUAGCCCAAAGAUCUGGAUCACGUGCAAGGUGCUCCAAGGACCCAGACUCGAAUUCGUCUUUUACCCGGGACCCUACUUUGAGGCUUCCGAGAAGAUGAUGGGUGUGCAGCGUGUAGUGGCCGUUCAGUUUGAAAACAUGCCCUCAAAUGUUGAGGUCUUCUUCGAGUGCAAAAUAUGGGCCCGCAAUAUUCCCAUCGAUCACAAAAUCCAAGGAAAGGGACAAAUUAAGUUCUCAAUGAAUAUGCACAUCGAAACAGUUUUUCAAGAUGUUGAUAAGCCUCCCGAUCAAACCCCCUUCUGAAGGAGAAAAUUCUGACGAGUCCGGACCGGAACCGGAAUCGGAACCGGAACCGGAACAAUUUCAAAACCGUGUUGGCGGUUUGAACAUGCCGCCCGCUCCCCCCAAGGAGGAUGACACGAUUGAGGGUCUUGGUAAUCAACCAAAUACCGAGGCACCUAGCUAAAUCGAAUUGGUUUAGUUUAUUUACAUUUGUCUUUCCAGUUACACAGACCUCCCAAAAUUAAUUAAGUGUCUUAAUAUUUAAAAGUUAUUUCAUAUUACCCAAAAUUGAUUAUAUAUUUUAAAUGCAAUUAAUAAACAAUUUA